GGAGUGUGACGUCACGUGUAAGGGACAGAGGAAGGGAGAGGAAUAGUGACGAAGGUUAAAGCAGGGAGAUGAAUGCAUCUCAGGAAAAAAAAUAUGAAUUAUCUAAUUCAACGUAAAUAUUAUAAGCAUAAAUAUGAUUGACUUGUUCACCAACAGAGAAUGCUGAAAUACAUGAGAGAGAAACACUGAUAAGUGUGUGCAGAGUAAACUGGGCUCACCUAACAGAGUGAUGUCCUCUCCAGGAAUGGGCACCCCCAGUGACCCUCUCUUGGCCAGCCCAGGAGGGAGGUCAUUAGAGAGGCCAUUGGGUACCACUAAUGACGGCCUCUGGAGGAGCUCCAUGCCCAAGGCGGCCAGCUUCCCAUCGUCUAUCACGCGCCUCUUGAGUCACCGUGCCAACAACUUCCAGAGACCCCCGAAGUGUUGGAAGCUGAUCAGACCAUCCCCGCCCCCACCGCCCAACACCCCCUGCCCUCUGGAUCAGCUGGACCUCAGUGAGCUACCCCCCCGCCGCACCUUCCCAGAGCUGCUCUUCAAUGGCUGCCUCCUGUUUGGCAUAGAGUUCAGCUAUGCCAUGGAGACGGCCUAUGUCACCCCUGUCCUGCUACAGAUGGGUCUGCCAGACCAGUUCUACAGCCUGGUGUGGUUCACCAGUCCUAUAUUGGGAUUCCUUUUCCAGCCUCUCCUGGGAGCUUGGAGUGACCGCUGUACAUCCCGCUUUGGCCGUCGGAGACCGUUUAUUUUGGCCUUGGCUAUAGGAGCUCUGCUUGGUUUAACACUGGUGCUGAAUGGGCGGGACAUUGGAGCUGCGGUGGCAGACACGGCAACCAAUCACAAGUGGGGCAUCAUACUGACUAUUUGUGGAGUGGUUCUGAUGGACUUCAGUGCGGACUCGGCAGAUAACCCCAGCCAUGUCUACAUGAUGGAUGUGUGCCUGCCAGAGGACCAGGAUCGUGGCCUCAAUAUUCAUGCACUACUGGCAGGUCUGGGUGGUGGAUUCGGGUACAUCGUGGGUGGAAUUAACUGGGACCACACUGAUUUCGGGAGAUCAAUGGGAGGUCAACUUCGAGUCAUAUACAUGUUCACCAGUGUCACUUUGGUCAUUUCCACAUGCAUGACCCUCAACAGCAUCCCCGAGCGGCCCCUGCCAAAGACGCAGCUUCAGAAGGGCUCUCUGAAGAGCCCCAGCCUCCCUCUCCUCCCCUCUCCCCCAGACCCUCAGGGGGCAGGGCUGGGAUUGGAGGAGGAAGAGGAAGUGACUGGGCUCAAUAGCUACCAGUUCUCUGAACCCCGCCCCUCGAACCCUGACGCCAACGCACGCCUCUGUGCCAGCCUCACCAGCCCCAUCUCCCCCGUCAGCCCGCUCACUCCUAAAUAUGGCAGCUUUAUCAGUCGGGACAACUCUCUCACUGGCAUUAACGAGUUUGCCUCAUCCCUGGGAACCUCCUUUAUAGACAGUGUGCUCAUCGACUGCUACACUGGACAGCCAUCACCACAGCCCCUUGACCCAGACACUGCAGCCCGACCCCUGCCUCCAGGGGACACCCUACCUCUCCAGGGAUCUCAGCCUGGAAUAGGUUCACAGUCUGGAGCAGUGACAGUGACCCUGGCCAAGGCAGGGGAGGCUCAGAUGGGGGGAGGGCCCCAUCGAGGUUCAUCCGCUAGUAUCUUGAAGCGCCCUCAGAGCCUUGCGCUAGUGGAGGAGUCCAUGGUGACCCAGAGUGGAGGGAUGAAAAAUGGCCGCAGAAGAACAGUGACCUUCAGUCAGCAGGUGGCAAAUAUUCUGCUGAAUGGGGUGCGCUAUGAGAGUGACCUGAGUGAAAAUGUGGAGACAGCAGAUUCACAGAUGUCAAUGAGGAUGUUGUGUAUCGCCAUCUACAGGAUGCCUCCAUCACUGCGCAGCCUCUGCACUAACCAUUUUUUGGGUUGGCUGUCCUUUGAGGGCAUGCUGCUGUUCUACACUGACUUCAUGGGGGAGGUAGUGUUCAAGGGAGACCCCAGAGCACCCCAUGACUCUGAGGCCUACCAACGCUACAAUGCUGGGGUCAGCAUGGGCUGCUGGGGCAUGUGCAUCUAUGCAUUCAGUGCUGCCUUUUACUCAGCCAUGUUGGAGAAGCUGGAGGAACGUUUCUCCCUCCGCUCUCUCUAUUUCUUUGCCUACCUGGUGUUUGGCCUUGGCACAGGCCUUGCUACGCUCUCCACCAACAUUUAUGUGGUGCUGUCUCUCUGUAUCACCUACGGGGUGCUCUUCUCCACUCUAUGCACGCUACCUUACUCUCUGCUGUGUGAAUACUACCAGAGCCCGCAGUUCUGUGGAUCGUCAAAAGAAGGCACCAGGAGAGGAAUGGGGGUGGACAUCUCUCUGCUCAGCUGCCAGUACUUCCUGGCUCAGAUCAUAGUGUCCGUGUCGAUGGGACCUCUGACCUCACUGGUAGGCGGGGCCCAGGGAGUGAUGUACUUUUCCAGCGUGAUGUCAUUCGUGGGCUGUCUGUACUCCUCCCUCUGCGUGGUGUACCAUCUGCCCCCGACUGAGGGUGAGCCUUCAGGAAGCGAGACCCAGCCACUACUUGUGCACAUUUAGCCCCCCUCACUGCUCUACACACUCUCGCACUGCAGUCACAACACACACUGCAUAUAGUCUACACACUGUCACUCUCUCACACUGCUCAGCAUAGCUCCUCUCAAGAGCUUAGACCGACAGACACAUUGGCCACUGUUAUCAGUAUGUUGGAUAGUGUGUCCAUGCAUUUCUUUCUGCUCAUUUCCACUAAAACAUGUGAUGUUGAUGGCGUGUCUGUGUGUGCAUGCCUGAUUAUUCUGCUGUCAGUAGUCUUUUUUGUCAUCACUACUUCUUGAUUUUGAUGUUAGGUUUAGGCUGCUGCCCACCAAAUAUAAAAUACUUAUAGCCUCUACAUCCCGUUAUUAAUGAAAACUAUGUUUGAGGGGGUUCAUUGUUUUCGUCUUGUCUAAUAUCUGCUUGCGCUGUAGCCUCAAUGCCUUCUGUUUUCGUCUCAUGGCCAAGAGAAUGUUUACCUGCCUGUUUCUCUGAGUUAGCACAUCCCCCUGUAAGCAGGUUUAGGGACUGUCUGAGUCACCAAUGACCUUUGCUUGAAGCCCUAAAUUCCUGUAAGCACAGUAACACAUCUAUUGUACAUCUACACACAGACACACAAUACAACACACACGCGCCAUAUAGUACUGCAUUCACUCGGUUUGCACUAUGUGAACAUUAGAGCCAAGCAUGUGCCCUCUGAUCAGGCUUAUAUCUUUCUCACCAGUCAACCAGAUUAUUAUGGUCAUUAUUUACCAUUUUAACUUGACGGUCCCCAAUGCGUUCACAAACAUACACACAAACAAACCCUUUACUAAGCCAUGGACUUCAAUCUGACCUGUCACUCAGCUACUGGUGUGACCGUUGUAAUGACAGUGAUUCUUGUCAUUACCAGGAAGAGAAGUUGAAACUGGGGUGUGAUUCGGCAUUCCAUCGGAAACUGAACAGAAAAGAAGAACAACAAAUCUGUUGUUUGGUGGCAAGAAAUAAUUCUAGAAAAUACAUGUGAACUAUGCUAUCGAUGAUGGAGCUGGACAACUUUGAGGGAAGAAUUUUGGGUUCAUUUUUGCCAACAGCAAGUGCUUAUUUUCACCACUAGGGCACAUGCUUUAAUUAGUGUUUAGGCUUGUUUCACCACACCAGACCCAAACUGGCUCACUGGAGUGGUCCUCUCACAUUUGGGAUAGUUAUCCAGUCUCCUCACACACCACACUUAUUCACUGUCAUUCAUUUAGAUUCUAUACAGCUGAAAUAACAACAUUUCGUCUUCCAUGUUCACCAAGCAGCCAAUGAAAACAUUGGUGAAAUCAUAAUUACUUUUCUAUUUUUAUUUAUUUAAAUCUUGAACAGGCUAAAAUAGCUUGCUUGGCAUUGCUUGCCUUGGACAUCACAAUGUAAUUGACACUUUUUUAAUAAAUUGUCACAACUCAUGCCUGCGUGAGUCACCGAUAUCUGGUGAUGGCUCAGCGGAAUGUUGAUCAGGGUCUCCCACUAAAGCCUCCCUAACAGACUGGACACACGCCAUGAUGAUGUCAUGUGUCUGACUGGUUUCUUGUGAGGACACAGGACCUGUAUGGAGGACCAGCAUGCUGUUACAACUUGCUUCAAUUCAACAAAAUGUCUAGUAUUUUGCAAAAAAAAUGUGUCUUCUGAUGGUUAUUUUUCAUCCAUAAUUCCAAUAUUAUGUUAAUGUAACAGCUACUUAACCUCAGGGUUCAGAGUUCAAUUAAAAUAACAUUUUUCACUUUUUGGGGUCUGUUUUUUAUUUUAUUUAUUAAACUCACUUUAGCAUAGAAUGUCAAGUGUCUUAUAGGUUUUCUAUCUAUGCAGAUAAUUAUGUAUAUUCUAAGUUUCCUUUAUGAUCAGUUUACUUGUAAAAUGUUGGUAUUAGAUUUACAGCUAUUAUGUAUUUUGCAUUCAGACAUACAGUAUUAUGUAACCACUCUUUAUAACUGGUCACUGACCUGAAAACCUACAUUCACAUAACCAUGUGAUAACAGUUCUAUCAGAGUAGUGAUUGUCACCAAUCAGCCCUGCCUAGAGUCAACCCACAAUACCAGUUUGUACCACUAGGUGGAGCUGUAAACUGCAUCAUGUCAGGAGGACUUCAAUGGAUUGAUGUGUCCAGACAGUUCAAUGGAAAAAGCCAGAUGCUAAGAUUAUGAGUCCCUCCCUCUCCCAGUAACAACGAUCAGCUUGAGAAUUACUCCUGUUCCUCAAACUAAACCAUUCAUAUUCAGUCUUAUACUAAAUGAGGUCAACUGACAUCAAUGCUUACAUGGCUAGGACAAUUUUAACAAUUUAAUAAGAUAUACUUUCAGUUCAAACACUAGUAUCACAAUUGUAAUUUGGUUAUAACACUAAAAAGCUAUUCAGCAUCUUAUUUAAGAAUGGAAGCAAAAAAUUAAAAAAUCGGUAAAAAGACAAGACUGAUUUAUUUAAUCAUCAAGAACCAGAAUAUACAAAGCAGUGGUCGAAGCAACCAAAUAGCAAUCAUGAAAUAUAACUGCACAAGAAGAGACUAAGAACACCAGGGUGGGAAUGAUAUUGAUAAAGACCGUUGUAGACACAAUUUCUGAGUCACCCAGACAUAACAUAAUAACCUAAAAUGAAACCAAAAAAAGAAACAGUAUCUUGGGUACAAAUGGUACAAACGUGUGUGAAAUGCAUACAGAACAUGACCAAAGCCUUAAGAUUUAAGAGGGGGUAAUUAACAUUGCAGAAGCCAGCCCCCCAAACAGGGUCAAGCGUCUUUUAUCAUGGAGGCAUUCUUCCAUUUGUGCCAUCUGUUGUGUUAACAGAUCAGCCUGGAAAAGGAUUAACUACUAGCAGCAGUAAACAAAAAGGAUUAAAAAAGCCUGAAUUAAUAAUGCUAACAAUAGUCCAUUAGCCCCUGCUUAAAACUUAUCUUUGGUCUUCAGUGAGUCUGAGAAGUCACCCUGAACAUGUGGAGAAGGUUACAGCUGUUUGUCUCUGAAUCAGCUGGUCAGCAGUUAACUAUGUAGAGAAUGUGCUUAACUCAUACGAAUACAAAAUAACAAAACUGAUAAAAUAGCACAGAUUGUUUUGUUAAGAUUGCUUAAGAAACCAAUAAAUAACAGUUUAUAAAAAGAGAGGAGCGGCCUCUAUGUUUUAGGACUCCAGUGCAAUGUAAUAUCUUGGAGACAAACAAAAUCUGUAAAGCAUACAUAAAGCACAAGCUCUACAAG